AUGACCUCCUCCGAUCUCGAAACAGAACAUCCAGAAGCACCGCUGCUGCUGCAUGACUCGACCGUAGUCCUCGACAAGGCCGUCUCACUCACCCUGAGCAGCGACUCCUUGCUGAUUGUCGACGAUCGCCCUCAUCGCAAAUCGGCCCGUGGCUGCUGCGGUUUAUGCAAGUCGAAACCCAAGGAAAAGUCCACGUCUGCGAUCUCUUUGUAUAAUGUCCUUGACGCCAAAAUCAAUCCCUCCACUCUGGUGAUCACCUAUGCCGAACAUUCAACAAAGGAUGAAGUCUCCGUCACUGCCCUCCACUACCCCGUCGGCGAGAAAGAGAAGCCUGCCGUUGAGGCUUGGAUGAACAAGCUGCUGGAUCUGGCCUACGGCACGGCCCAGCGCAGAAAGCGACUCAAGAUCCUGAUCAACCCCUUUGGUGGUAAAGGCAACGCCGAGAGCCUUUACCAGAGAUACGCCGCGCCGAUCUUCGCCGCUGGACAGUGUCAAGUGGAUGUCCAGACCACCGAGUACCGUGGACAUGCCAUUGAGAUUGCGGAACAACUCGAUAUCGACGCGUACGACGCGAUUGUCUGUUGUUCUGGUGACGGCCUCCCGUACGAGGUCUUCAAUGGGCUAGGGAAGCGCCCCAAUGGCCGCGAAGCAUUGGCUAAAAUGGCCGUGGCACUGCUGCCCUGUGGUUCUGGAAAUGGUCUGACGUGGAGCUGCCUGGGCACCGGCAGUAACUCCAUCGCGGCGUUGGGCAUCGUCAAGGGAUUAAGAACCCCCCUUGAUCUGGUGUCGGUCACGCAGCAGAACACACGCACGCUGUCCUUCCUGUCCCAGUCUUUUGGUAUUGUUGCCGAGUCAGACCUUGGUACCGAUCAUAUUCGCUGGAUGGGCGCUCAGAGAUUCACAUACGGGUUCCUGGUCCGUCUGUUGCAGCGCACAAUCUGGCCUUGUGACCUGGCCAUCAAGGUCGAAAUGGACGACAAACAGGCUAUCAAAGAUCACUAUGCCGCGUUCAAAUCUAAAAAGGAAGAUGAUGGCGUUCUUGUCGAUCAGAGCCGUAUCGACGCCGCCAAGCAAUCACCGGCACUACCAGAACUUCAGUUUGGCACCGUUCAGGACGAGCUUCCGCAGGAUUGGGAGGUCAUCCCAGGCGAGACCAUGGGCAAUUUCUAUUCCGGAAACAUGGCCAUCAUGUCCAAGGACACCAAUUUCUUCCCUGCCUCACUUCCUAAUGAUGGUCUCAUGGACAUUGUGACGAUUGACGGGACCGUUAGUCGCGCCACGUCGCUCAAGAUGAUGACUGAGAUUGAGACUGGUGGCUUCUUCGAUAUGCCGGACGUGAAGAUCCGCAAGGCAAUUGCAUAUCGCCUUGUGCCCCAUCAAAAGGAAGGAUAUAUCAGUAUCGACGGUGAACGUGUACCCUUUGAAGCGUUCCAGUGCGAGAUCCACCAAGGCCUAGGCACAGUACUCGCGAAAUCGACGCAUGCGUAUGAAGCUGAUGGGCCGAGGUGA